AUGCCCGUCUCUAUCCUCCCACCCAGCGCUCCGCUCCCCCCGCGCCGCGACGCUCAAAUCGAUGACGACUCAGAUGUGUCCAUGUCCGACGACGACCUACCCACGUCACAAACGAAAUCUAUCGUCACACCCGGUGAACACAUCACCACCGACCCGCAAUGGAUGCGUGGCCACGGCACCUACGUACCCUCGGAAACCAGCACCAUCAUCUCCACCGUUGCCGGCCAUCUCCACAAGACGAACAAACUACUCUCCGUACAACCUCUGCGCGCGCGCUAUCAGCCUGAGAUAGGUGACCUCGUAGUCGGCAGGAUUGUCAGCGUGCAGACGAAGAAAUGGAGCGUCGACAUUGCAGCACCCAUGCUCGCCAAUCUGCCCCUCUCGUCGAUAAACUUGCCCGGUGGCAUACUGAGAAGGAGAACUGCGGUCGAUGAACUCAACAUCAGAACUUUCUUCUCCGAGGGCGACUUGUUGGUUGCUGAAGUGCAGUCAUUGCAUCAAGACAAUACAGCGUCACUACACACACGCUCCUUGAAGUACGGCAAACUGCGAAACGGACUUUUCACCAGUCUGAGUGGCGCGGGAGGAGGCAUCCUAAGUAGGAAGGGUGGUGUGGUGCGAUCCCGGAGACAGGUCUUCACACUCAACACUGCAGCUGGUGAGAUCGACGUUGUACUCGGCGUCAACGGGUAUAUUUUCAUUUCCAAACGCACAGCACCCGAUACUUCUGGAACCGAUAUGGGUCUCAACCGUCUCGAAGAAGCUGUGUCCGAGACACUGUAUUCUUCUCAGAACGACGACAUCGAGCCCGCAGUCAUGCGGGAGAUCACAAGGGUCAGCACGUUGAUCAGAGGUCUGGUGGCUUGUGGAGCCAAGGUCGACGAGGAUAUGAUUGUCAAAGUUUACGAGGGUGCUAUCGAGUUAGAAGCCGAGGAGAGAAGCUUAGGGGGUGUGGAGACAGGUAUUGGCGCUAAGGGUGUGGUUGAGGCGGUGAUGGCACGAUUGGAACUUGAAGCGGGAGGGUGA